AUGGGGGUGUCGGAGGUCGUCCUCCAGUCCGCGGGCUCCGCCACCUUCCUGGUGGCAGCGCUGCUUUUGCUGCUGGUCUACCUGGUGUCCACUGGCAGCCGCGGAGCCCGGGGGGGUCGGGAGCCUCCGGGGCCCAGGCCGCUCCCUGUGCUCGGUAACCUGCUGCAGCUGGACCUGAAGAGGCCCUACCACAGCUUACUGAUGCUCUCCAAGAAAUAUGGAUCCGUGUUCACCGUGUACAUGGGCCCCAAAAAAGUGGUGGUCCUUGCAGGAUACAAGACACUGAAGGAGGCGCUUGUCAAUCACGCUGAUGAGUUUGGAGAACGAGACCCCCCACUAAUAGCAGAUGAGGAAAAUCAGGGCCAUGGCAUCGUAUGGGCCAAUGGAGAUUCUUGGAAAGAGAUGAGGCGCUUUACUAUGAUGAACCUGAGAGCCUUUGGGAUCGGUAGGAAGGCGUGUGAGGACAAAAUCAUAGAGGAAUGUGACUUCCUUACUGGCAUGCUUAAAAGCGUCAAAGGAGAACCCUUUGACACAACACAGGCAGUGAACUAUGCCGUCUCCAAUAUUAUUGUGUCCAUUAUCUAUGGCAGCAGAUUUGAAUAUAAUGACCCCAGGUUUGUAUCCAUGGUGCAGCAAACAAUGAAAAGGCUUCACAUUGUGGCAACUGCUCCAAUACAGAUAUACAAUCUCUUCCCGGUGAUUGGCAGAUGGUUUGGUGCCAGAAGAGAAAUCCAGAAGGUCAACGGCUUCAUUAGGAAACAGAACUUGGAGAUUUUCCGUCAUCUGAAGCAAACUCUCAAUCCACAGAUGUGCAGAGGUUUGGUGGACGCCUUUCUGAUCGAACAGCAAAUUUCAAAGGAUUCUGGGAACGCCAGCAGUCACUACCAUGAUGAAAACCUAAUGGUAACAGUCCAUAAUCUGUUUGCUGCUGGCACAGAAUCUACUGCAUCAACGCUCAGAUGGGGGCUUCUGUUCAUGGCCAAGUACCCAGACAUUCAAGACCGGGUCCAGGAGGAGAUCAGCAGGGUGAUAGGAGGUCGACAGGUGCAGGUGGAGGACAGGAGGAACCUGCCCUUCACCGACGCCGUCAUCCACGAGACACUGAGACUGGCCAACAUUGUCCCAACAGCAGCACCCCACAGAACGAGCCAAGACGUCACCUUCCAAGGUUACUUCAUUAAGAAGGGAACCACGGUGUAUCCUCUCCUGACGUCAGCGCUGUAUGACGACAACGAGUGGGAGAAAGCACACACAUUCUACCCUGGUCACUUCCUGGACAAAGAUGGAAACUUUGUCAAGAAAGAUGCCUUCAUGCCUUUUUCUGCAGGUCGUCGAGUUUGCCUUGGAGAGGGUCUGGCCAGGGUGGAGCUCCUCAUCUUCUUCACCACCCUCCUUCAGCACUUUCGUUUCACUCCCCCACCUGGAGUCUCAGAGGAUGAACUGGAUCUGACUCCAAGUGUGGGCUUCACCCUCAACCCUUCACCUCAUAAACUGUGUGCUGUCCCCCUGAUGUAAUGUCUUAUAUCAAGAUAAGUAUGGAGUUGUCAUCUGCAGCAACAUUGUUCUUGAUAAAAUAAUGUUUAAAUAAAUCAAAAUUAAAAUAG